AUGACAAUGUCCUCUUAUAGGGAAAAAAAAGAAGCUGAAUUAUAUGAACAUUUAAAAAAGUCUACCAACGAUGAAGAGGUCGCUCCCAAGCAGAAGCAUGUUCGAUGUACGCCAUUUGGUUCGUUAUCUCCAUUAGGGUGCAUUCUGUACACCUGGGACCAUGCCACAUGUAAGCCAGUCUGGGAUGGGUUAAAGGGACAGCCAAUUUUAUCAAACGGACUGAUGUGCUUUAAAGCCUUGGUUGUGAUACAUAAGAUGCUUUUAGAUGGCCCGCAUAUUGUUUUGUCGGAAUCUUUAAACGAGGUUGAGUAUCUAGAUUCAUUGUGUCGACAAAGCCAAUAUUCCAAUAGUGUCUACGGUUAUUUGUCCCUGAUUCAGCCUUACGUUGUAUACUUAAAGGCAAAGCUGGCCUUCCACAAAAUCUAUCCAGAGUUCAAUGGGAAAUUUGAUUUUAAAGAGUAUAUCUCAAGAAAAGGAGACGACAGCAUUAACCAUAGUUAUGGAGUGAUCUGGGAUCUAUUGGAUCUUUUAUCCCAUAUUUUACGGCUGCAGCAUCUAAUCGGAUCUGCCUUCAGAGGAUCGAGAGAUCAAACAUGCCUUCAAGGUGCUCUGAUUCCUUUAGUCGAAGAGUCGGAUGGCAUCUACAAAUUUGCUACCAAAAUCUUGGAGGCCAUGUUCACAGGUAUGGUAUGUUUGAUCCCACUUAGCAGUCGUUGA